AUGUGGAAGAGAAUUGACCAUCAGCCCAAGAUCAAAGCAGGGGAUGGACCUCAGGCAGGCCAGUUCAGGGCGUUGGGUUCAUCUCAGGAACCUGCCAGGCCACACACUCUAGGACUGUCAGAAUCCCAGAGCUUUCUGGUGUUUGAGGACAUUAGCCAUCACAUCAAAGAAGUGGGACCCCAACUGGUAAAGAAAGUCAACGCCAUCUUUCAGCUGGACAUCACCAAAGAUGGGAAGAUCAUCCUGCAGUGGACCAUUGAUCUGAAGAACGGUUCUGGGGACAUGUACCAAGGAACCGCCAGGUUCCCAGCGGAUACUACUUUUACAAUCCCAGAGUCUAUCUUUAUGGAGUUAGUUUUGGGCAAAAUGAAUCCACAGAAGGCUUUCCUGGCUGGCAAGUUCAAAGUGAGUGGAAAAGUUCUGCUUGGCCAGAAGUUGGAGAGGGUUUUCAAAGACUGGGCUAAAUUUUAA